CAAGUUACAGACAGACUGUGAGCAGUCCCUGCGCGUUUUAUUGCGACCUGCCGGUGGGAACUUUGUCUCCGAGUCGGAGCAGCAUGGAGCGGCGGAGCGAGAGCCCGUGUCUGCGGGACAGCCCCGACCGGCGGAGCGGCAGCCCCGACGUCAAGGGUCCUCCCCCGGUGAAGGUGGCCCGUCUGGAGCAGAACGGCAGCCCCAUGGGAGCCCGCGGGAGGCCCAACGGCGCCGUGGCCAAGGCCGUGGGAGGUUUGAUGAUUCCUGUCUUUUGUGUGGUGGAGCAGUUGGACGGCUCUCUUGAAUAUGACAACAGGGAAGAGCAUGCUGAGUUCGUCCUGGUUCGCAAAGACGUGCUUUUCAGCCAGCUGGUGGAAACCGCGCUCCUGGCCCUGGGCUACUCCCACAGCUCUGCGGCGCAGGCACAAGGAAUAAUCAAGCUGGGGAGGUGGAACCCUCUCCCCCUCAGUUAUGUGACAGAUGCACCCGAUGCAACAGUGGCCGACAUGCUGCAAGAUGUCUAUCACGUUGUGACGUUGAAAAUCCAAUUACAAAGUUGUUCGAAGUUGGAAGACUUGCCUGCGGAACAGUGGAACCACGCCACGGUCCGCAAUGCCUUAAAGGAACUGCUCAAAGAGAUGAACCAGAGCACAUUAGCCAAAGAAUGCCCUCUCUCCCAGAGUAUGAUUUCAUCCAUUGUAAAUAGCACAUAUUAUGCCAACGUGUCAGCAACCAAGUGCCAGGAGUUUGGGAGAUGGUAUAAGAAGUACAAGAAGAUUAAAGUGGAAAGAGUGGAACGAGAAAACCUUUCAGACUAUUGUGUUCUGGGUCAGCGUCCAAUGCAUUUACCAAAUAUGAACCAGCUGGCAUCCCUGGGGAAAACCAACGAACAGUCUCCUCAUAGCCAAAUUCACCACAGUACUCCAAUCCGAAACCAAGUGCCCGCAUUACAGCCCAUCAUGAGUCCUGGUCUUCUUUCUCCCCAGCUCAGUCCACAACUUGUCAGGCAGCAAAUCGCCAUGGCCCAUCUGAUAAACCAACAGAUUGCUGUUAGCCGGCUCCUGGCUCACCAGCACCCUCAAGCCAUCAACCAGCAGUUCCUGAAUCAUCCACCCAUUCCCAGGGCAGUUAAGCCGGAGCCAGCCAACUCUUCUGUGGAAGUAUCUCCAGAUAUCUACCAGCAAGUCAGAGAUGAGCUGAAGAGGGCCAGUGUGUCCCAAGCUGUCUUUGCAAGAGUGGCAUUCAAUCGCACACAGGGAUUGUUGUCUGAGAUUCUGCGUAAGGAAGAAGACCCCCGGACAGCAUCUCAGUCUCUUUUAGUAAACCUGAGGGCCAUGCAGAAUUUUCUCAAUCUGCCGGAAGUGGAGCGGGACCGCAUAUACCAGGAUGAGAGAGAGCGGAGCAUGAACCCCAAUGUGAGCAUGGUCUCGUCGGCCUCCAGCAGUCCCAGCUCCUCCCGGACCCCUCAGGCCAAAACCUCGACACCGACAACAGACCUCCCCAUUAAGGUGGACGGCGCCAACGUCAACAUCACAGCUGCCAUUUAUGACGAGAUCCAACAGGAGAUGAAAAGGGCCAAGGUGUCUCAAGCCCUGUUUGCCAAAGUGGCUGCAAAUAAAAGUCAGGGCUGGCUGUGUGAACUGCUCCGCUGGAAGGAGAACCCCAGCCCAGAAAACCGCACCCUCUGGGAGAACCUCUGUACCAUCCGCCGCUUUCUGAACCUUCCCCAGCACGAGAGGGAUGUGAUUUAUGAGGAGGAGUCAAGGCAUCAUCACAGUGAGCGCAUGCAGCACGUGGUCCAGCUUCCCCCCGAGCCAGUGCAGGUCCUUCAUAGACAGCAGUCUCAGCCAGCCAAGGAGAGUUCCCCUCCCAGAGAAGAAGCACCUCCCCCACCUCCUCCAACUGAAGACAGUUGUGCCAAAAAGCCUCGGUCUCGCACAAAGAUCUCUCUGGAAGCCCUCGGGAUCCUCCAAAGCUUCAUUCAUGAUGUGGGCCUGUACCCUGAUCAGGAGGCUAUCCAUACUCUUUCUGCUCAGCUGGAUCUCCCCAAGCACACCAUCAUCAAGUUCUUCCAGAACCAGCGGUAUCAUGUGAAGCAUCACGGGAAGCUCAAGGAACACCUGGGCUCGGCGGUGGAUGUGGCCGAGUAUAAGGACGAAGAGCUGCUGACGGAGUCAGAGGAGAAUGACAGUGAGGAAGGCUCGGAAGAGAUGUACAAAGUAGAGGCUGAGGAGGAAAAUGCGGAGAAAAGCAAGGCUGCGCCUGCCGAAAUCGACCAGAGAUAAUGUGAACUGCUACCAGGCAAAGCAAUACAUCGGUCCAAGGAUUUUCUGUUUUAGUUUCUUUAAUAACAUUUUUUUUUGCUUUAUUUUAUUUUUGUCUUUUUUUUUUUUUUUUUGGUCUGUUUUAUUUUCUUUACCUUUUUUUUGACAUUUCUUUGUUGCACAGGAUACACCUGUAGACUGAAUAAGUUCAGUAUUUCCAAAUCAGACAUCGCCUUGGCAAAGACACUCAAGUGUUACACUUUACAGUGGACUGGAUCCUAGUCAUUAUAAUCACAGGAGACUCUGCCUUCACUAUCCUUGCACUUACGGAGGAGACGCCAGGCAAGUUCCAGGAUGAAAAGACCUACGAAACAAAUGAAGGAAGCUACAAGUGUGUGUGUAUAUGUAUAUGUAUAUAUCUAUAUAUUUACAUAUAUAUAUUAAAUUGCAUGGGACAGAGAACUUUACAAUCCGAAAGAAUAGACUGUGAAAUGAGUUCUUAAAGAAGAGACUUGUUUAUGUAUUAAAAAAAAAAAAAAAAAACCACUUCACAGUGAGUUGCUUUGGCUUUUUGAUAAACUGUGGCCUGCUCUCAGGGUGGGGUGACUAUUUUUGAAUUCCUAUUUAUUUUCUGUGUUUGUCCCUGAUUUUUUUUUAUUUUAAUUCUAUGGCUUCCUAUCUGGCAGCUUGAUGGGUAAUUUUUGAGGUAUGUAUUUAACAAAAUAAAUCAACACUGCCAAAAAAAAAAGAAAGAAAGAAAGAAGAAAGUAAA